AUGCGUCUGACUCGGCGUCCCGUCCUGGUCUUCCUGGCCUCCGCGGCGGCAGCGGUGGGAGCCGUGGUGCUAGCAGUACUACUGGUGCGCAAGAUACGCGUCGUCUUCGCGGGCGAAGUCCUACUGACCGAUGGGCGUGCCUCGUACACGGUUCGACUCCAGAAGCGCGUCUCCGUCACCCACGACGUACGCCUGCUCCGGUUUGCCCUAAAGAGCCCCCAGCAGAAACUGGGCUUCCGCGUGGGCGAGCACGUGCUGCUGAACGCAUGCAUCGGCGGCCGCACAGUGAUGAGGCCGUACACGCCCGUCAGCCGCGUAGACCAUCGCGGCAGCUUCGACAUCAUGGUCAAGAUUUACCCGGCGGGCGUGUCCAGAAAGUACCCCAACGGGGGCCUCAUGAGCCAAUACCUGGACACCCUCCGGGCGGGAGACAAGAUUGAGAUUCAGGGACCCAGGGGUCGCUUCGUGUACGAAGGGCGCGGCCAAUUCGCCACUGCCGACGGACACCGGCUGCCACUCGUCACUCGACUGGGACUGGUGGCGGCAGGAAGUGGCGUCACCCCGAUGCUGCAACUGCUGAGACACCUUGUCGCUGACAAAGCAGACCAGACGUCGGUCAUGAUGAUCGACGUCAAUUCCAGCGAGCAAGAUAUCAUCGCACGCCAGGAACUGGACGAGUACACCAAGGACCACGGUGCCUUCAGCAUACGCCAUGUGCUGAGCAGGCCACCCACGAGCGAACACAUGGUGGACUACGUGCCAGGUCCCUUGAACCUGGAGAUCCUGACAGAGCACCUCCCACCGCCGGACUCUGGGACGAUGGUGCUCUGCUGUGGACCGCCUCUGUUCAUCGCCGAAAUAUGCGAGCCAGCACUCCGGCACAUUGGACACAAGCCCAACCGGGUGCUCUGCUUUUGAACGCCCGUGCCUUGUUGUUCAGCACGUGUUUUGCGGCUCGCGCUCGAAGACGAAAUAUUUUAUUUGAAUUGCCGAGUUUGUCGACCUAUAUGACUUGUUUAUGCGGACGCCAGUAGAACGCAAAGCGAUCACAAACUAAUA